AUGCUGGACGACCGGUACCUGAGAGGACUCGACGAGUCCUCCGUCAGGAGCUGCAACGGAGUGCGUGUGACGGAGAGGAUUCUGCAGCUCGUGCCGAACCAGGAGAGGUUCCGGACGACGCUGAUCGCUGUCAAGCACUGGGCCCGGGUUCGUGGGAUCUACUCGAACGUGCUGGGCUUCCUGGGUGGCGUGAACUGGGCCAUCUUGGUCGCGCGCAUCUGCCAGUUCUACCCCAACUCGCUGCCGGCCUCCUUGCUCUCGCGGUUCUUCCGCAUCUACCAGAUGUGGACGUGGCCGAACCCGAUCAUGCUCGACCGGGUUGACAACCCCCUGAAUCUUGGCUUCUCGGGCUGGAAUCCCAAAAUCAAUGUGCGUGACCGAUCACACUUGAUGCCGAUCAUCACGCCAGCGUACCCGGCAUUGAACUCGUCGUACAACGUGAUGGCUUCGACCCUGCAUAUUCUCAAGGCCGAGUUCGGCAAGGGAUUCAACCGGACGCUUGAGAUUGAAACGAAGAAAUCUUCGUGGGCAAAGCUGUUCAUAGCUCCAGUGUUUUUCCAAAGGUCAAAACACUUUCUUCGUGUCCAGAUAACAGCCAAUAAUGCCGAGGACUUCGAUGGAUGGUUCGGAUGGGUCGAAUCUAGGCUGCGUCACUUGUUUCUCCGGUUAGAGGCACUCCCUGAGCUUCGGAUCCACCCGUUCGCCCGCUUCUUCGACUUCGGUGAGACUAAGGGCGCAACCCCCGAGGGCUCAUCGAAGCGCGAGGUGCACACGUCGUGGCUGUUUAUUGGUCUGGGGUUCCCUGCGCCGAACCCGGUUGCAGCCACUGGUGGCACACACGAUGUGGACCUGACAAGCGUGAUCCGCGACUUCGCCUUCUACACGGACCAGUGGGAGGCCCGCCACGGCGGAAUGGACAUGCAGAUCGACCACGUCACUCGCUCCCAGAUCCCCGAGUGGGUGCUCGAGUCCGUGGUCAACGGCGCGAGUGAUAGCAAACACCUGCGGAAGAGGUCGCCCACCAAGAAG